UCAGCGGAGCUGGAGAACGUUCCCCGGAUGGAGCAACAGCUUAAUGCCCGGGGCUUAAUUAACGGAGACCGAGAGGCUCUCAUGAAUUUACACGUCCACAGCACCACCGGGACCCGCUAUGAACUUUCCGUGCCGGCUGAGGAGACCGUGGACGGACUGAAGCGGCGCAUUUCUCAACGACUGAAGGUGCCAAAGGAACGACUUACCUUGCUGCACCGGGAAACGCCGCUGAGCUCUGGAAAACUUCAGGAUCUGGGGCUUUCAGACGGGAGCAGGUUGACCCUCCUUCCUACGGUUGAAGCGGGGCUCAUGUCCCAGAUGUCCCGCCCAGAGCAGUCUGUGAUGCAAGCCCUGGAGAGUCUGACGGAGUCACAGGUGAAUGACUUCUUGUCUGGACGAUCUCCUCUCACUUUAGCCCUUCGUGUUGGUGAUCACAUGAUGUUUGUGCAACUCCAGCUGGCCCCUCAGCAAGCAGGGGGGUCUCACCUUCAGCAUCGACAUUUAUUCACCAGAGGGACAGAACACAGCUCGGCCCCUCACUUUCGCACCCUGCAUACAAGUGCGGCACCUGCCUUCUCCAGGCUGGCGGGUUGUGCACAGGGUUCUUCCCAGCCUUCUGUAUCAGCACCAGCUACAUCCACGCACUGCAAUGCACCCCACACCUCUUCCCUUACCAACAGUAUCUUCCACUCACGUGGAGAGGGUGUGACUGUAUCACCCUGUACAGAGCAGGUACAAUGCAGUAGAAAUAGUCAGAGUAGCGAAGCGUCUAGUCCUUCUCCAUCUGGUCGACCACGAAAGCCUGGGGCCGUAAUAGAGAGCUUUGUCAACCAUGCUCCUGGUGUCUUCUCAGGGACCUUUUCGGGCACUUUGCAUCCCCACUGCCAGGACAGUACAGGGCGGCGCGCGCAGGGACAUUGGUACAAUCUUGCAGAUCCUGAAUGACCUGCUAAGCGCCACCCGCCACUACCAGGGCAUACCACCCUCACUCACUGCACUCCGUUGCCACUCUCAAUGUGCAUCUGAAACAAAGACCACUAAGGCUACCUCUCCUCCUCCUAUAACAAGUAAUCCACAGCAGACCAGUCACCCUGCAGAACAUUCCAAGCCCCAAGCUCGCCAGUACAAGCCCAUUGGGGACCCUUUGCGACAAACAGAAAACAGGGCCACUCGCUGCAAAGUGGAACGUUUGCAGUUGCUUAUGCAUCAAAAGAAACUGCGACGAAAGGCACUGAGAGACUCCAGGGCUCCCUAUCAGGGGCUUCCUACUAGAAAGUCUAGUCGGACCAACAGUGACAGCAGCACAUCCAGUGGAGAAAGCACCUUGGAGAUAGACUUUGAGGACUCCCUAUGGAAGCCAGAUGUCAAGGCUGAACUGGUGGCAUAA